AUGAACAUCGUUUCACCUAAUACAUUAAAUUAUAUAAUUAGAAAUUAUUCAACACAAUGUUUGGUAGUUGCAGAACAUGAUAAUAAGAAUUUGAUGGCUAGUACAUUGAAUGCAGUGACUGCUGCAUCAAAGAUUGAUGGAGCCAACAUUUCAGUGUUGGUAGCAGGUUCAAAGUGCUCGUCGGUGGUGGACAGCGCAUCCAAGAUCAAGGGUGUAUCGACUGUCUAUCACAUUGACCACCCACAAUUGGAACAUGGUUUGGCAGAGUCGAUUACACCGGUUGUCGUCGGUCUCUCUAACAAACAAUCAUUGACACACAUCUUUUCGCCUGCCACCAACUUUGGCAAGAACUUUAUCCCACGUGUCGCUGCCAACUUGGAUGUCUCUGCAUUGUCCGAGAUCACCUCUAUCCAAAAUGGCAAUACUUUUAAGCGUCCCAUCUACGCCGGCAACGCAAUUGCCACUGUCACUAGUGACGAAAAGGUAAAGGUUGGUACCAUCCGUACCACCGCCUUUGAAAAGGCUCCCGCUGACGGUGGUAGUGCCCAAAAGGUCGCUAUCGACGACUGGGCUGCCAAACUCGUCGAUGAAUCGGUCCAACAAACCGGCAUCAAAUGGGUCAGCCAAGAGGUUGUCAAGAGCGAACGUCCAGAGUUGACAUCGGCCCGUGUCGUCGUGUCUGGCGGUCGUGGUAUGAAGAGUGGCGACAAUUUCAAGAUGCUCGAGGAGUUGGCCGACACUAUGGGAGGUGCUGUCGGUGCUUCUCGUGCCGCCGUCGACUCUGGCUUUGUUUCCAACGAUCUUCAAGUCGGUCAAACCGGCAAGGUCGUUGCUCCAGAACUCUACAUUGCCGUCGGUAUCUCUGGCGCCAUCCAACAUCUUGCCGGUAUGAAGGACAGUAAAGUUAUUGUCGCCAUCAACAAGGAUGCCGAAGCACCCAUUUUCCAAGUUGCUGAUAUUGGUCUAGUUGAUGAUUUAUUCAAAGCUGUUCCAGCAUUAACUGAAGCAAUCAAAAAGGCUAAAUAA